ACGUAUCACGAUUGGCAGAUUAGAUAUUGUCCUAUUAUAUUUAAGUAACACAAAAUAUAAACACAGUAACAUGAUUGUAGGACAGAUCAAGAUGAGACUAUUUAUUUUUGUUAGUCUAUUUUGGGCUUCUACAUUUGCCAUACGUCCUGGUCCUGUAAUUCAAGCUUCCAAAGGUGCAGUAUGGCCUAAACCCCAACAACAGGAAAUAUCUGAAACUUAUUAUUUAAUACGCCCUCACUCUUUCACUUUCAAGUCACCUGACCAUAUAGGGUGUCCCAGUUUUUUAGACGAUGCUUUAACGAGAUACUGGACCAUUAUUGCCACUACUAUAUCUUCAAAAUUAGAAGAGAAACUUUGGAAAUUAGAUGAUAAUUUCCUUGGGUAUUUAGAAAUAUUGACGAUUAAACUUUUUGGCGAGUGCCCCAAUGAAAACAUUUUACCAGAAUUGUACGAUAAUGAAAAUUACACUUUGACUAUUGAUUCUGACGGAGCUGUUCUGACAUCAGAAACAAUAUGGGGCGUUUUAAGGGGUUUGGAAACAUUUUCACAAUUAAUUUACUCGGAACAAGAUACGUUGAUGAUUAAUGCAACUAAAAUCAACGAUUUUCCGAGAUUUCCACACAGGGGUUUUCUCCUUGACACAUCGCGACAUUUUGAGCCCGUACCCAUUAUUCUUCAAAUGCUGGACGCUAUGGCUUAUAACAAAUUCAAUGUUUUUCACUGGCAUAUCACAGAUGAUCAUAGUUUUCCCUACAAGAGUCGGACCUAUCCUGAACUAAGUGAUAAAGGUGCUUAUCACCCCGUUAGAGGAGUCUACGAACAAAGUGACGUUAAGAAAGUAAUAGAAUAUGCGAGAGUUAGAGGAAUUCGGGUAAUCCCCGAGUUUGACACUCCGGGUCACACACGUUCUUGGGGAGUUGCUCAUCCUGAACUAUUGACUAGCUGUUUCACAGAUAAUGUGGUCAAUGGGCAAUUGGGUCCAAUGGACCCAACUAAAGAUAUUACUUAUAAUUUUAUAAAUAAUUUGUUUACGGAAAUUGUGAACGUUUUUCCGGAUUCCUAUUUUCAUAUUGGGGGUGAUGAGGUUGAAUUUGAUUGUUGGAAAAGCAAUCCGGAUGUGAAUAAUUUUAUGAAACAGAACAAUUUUUUAUCUUAUGAGCAACUUGAAAGCUAUUUUAUUCAACACGUGGUCAACAUUUUAGACACUUUAAGUUCCAAAUACCUUGUCUGGGAGGAAGUUUUUGUUAACGGAGUUGAAUUACCCAACUCAACUGUUGUACACAUUUGGAAAGAUAACGGUCUCAGCACUCUAAACAAUGUGAUUAAAGCUGGAAAAUAUGGCCUAUACUCAUCUUGUUGGUAUUUAUCGGUUCUGCACAGUGGUAGUGAUUGGGAUGCUUUUUAUAAAUGUGAACCCGCUUUACUUUUGCAUACCGAAGAGGAAAAGAAAUUAUUACUAGGAGGCGAAGCGUGUAUGUGGGGAGAAUACGUUAAUGAAUAUAGCGUUAUUCCAAGAGUUUGGCCACGAGCUAGUGCUAUUGCUGAAAGACUUUGGUCUGAUGAAAGUGUCAAUGAUAUUUCUGAUGCUCAAAUCAGGCUUGAAGAACAUGCGUGUCGGAUGAACAAAAGGGGAAUUGCCGCACAGCCUCCAAACGGACCAGGAGUGUGUUUUUGAACAAUAAAACAGUCAAAUUAU